UCAGCCUUAUUUUUAGAUGAGUUGUGUCUCAUUCGAUCAGAAUUGGUCGGCCAUCACCGCAUGUCCAAAGCGAUGUUGUAAAUGCUACAACGACAAUUUCAAAGUGUUGCGCCGGGACUAUCUCUGCCAUUCAUCUCCCUCAGUGAGCUAAAGAGAUAUGAUGAACGGCUGAAGGACCCCGAUUUCAAUAUCACAGUCGUCAACCAUUUAUGUGCUGUGCACGGUGAUAACAUACAACUCAUCGUCCGGGGUACCAUGGAGCGGCUAAUGACAAGAUCAGUUGCCGCUAAGAUAAAUUACUCCGGCGCUGGAGGUUCGUUUGCUUUCAGGCGAACAAAUAUGAACGGCCUUGUACAAGGCCUCAUUCGGCAACCCAUGGGUGAUGCAGCCUCGGAUG